AUGAAAGAGUUACCCUGUAGUGAGAUUCCCGUGGAAUUACCACUUAUACGGGAAUUAUUGCUUGUGAUCCGUGAUAAAGAUGAUAACAGUGAAAUGGAGGAGUGCAUUGAAAAGUUUUGUGAAGCGUUUCGUAAGGAGGAAUUGAAAAUAAGUGCUGUAUUGGGUGAAAUAGAGUUGUGGCUUUGGUAUUUCACUGGCCAGUCUCAAACCGACAAAAGCGCUGAUCGAUGUCUUGUGUUUUUCGUGAAAUGUAGCUUAAGAAUGCUUUUAGAGGAUACAGUUAUCCCUCCACUUUUCACUCUUCUCCUGCAACAUAUCGAAAAUAUUCAAUUCUCAGUCUGCGAUAUUUCACGAUGUAGAUGUUGCCGACUGAUAACGUCAAUUUUUGAAGAUAUUGAAGAGAUAGAAGCAGAAUAUGAACCUACCAGUUGUAAAGAGGAAUCAUGUUUGCCUACAGAAGUGAUCGAUAAUUUGGUCAGAAUUUUGCAAGGAAGGAUGUAUGAUAAGAAUCCAUUUGUACGAGCCGAGGUCAUUCGUUCUUUGUCUAUUUUCAGCAGAAUUAAUGACAGAAAUGAAGGUGAAAAUAGAUUUGAUUGCACUAAGUACAUCAUUGACGCUUUGAAGGAUAUUUCACGUGAUGUACGCAUAGAGGCAGUUCAUUGUGUACCACUCUUUUCUGAAAACGAUAUUCAAACAUUCAUUUCAAUGAUUUUGAUGGAAAGUGAUAGCAAUGUUCGUCGCCUUGCUUUUAGUCGAAUUGCAUGCAGUUUGCAUGUACGUUCACUUACCGUUCAGCAGCGAAUGCAGCUACUCAAAACUGCAUUUACGAGCGACGAUGCAAUGUUACGGAAAAUAACUGAACGGAUGAUUAUGAACUGGGCCGGAAAUGACGCAGUACCACUACUUCGUCUUCUAGAUCAUCUCGAUUUUCUCUCUGAUUCGCAAACAAGCCAACAGGCUUUAAUGAUAUUUCUCAAAAAUUACCAGCGGGAAAUAGGAAGUGCACGAACCAGUGUAAUGUUAACGAAUCUGCGUGAGUUGUGUAAUGCAGCACAGGCUAAGUCAGUCGUAACGAGUAUGACACCAUGUGCUGAUUUCGUGAGCUAUAAUAUACUUGAUCGACGAAAUUAUGCCGAAAUGCGCCACAGUUUUAAUAACAAUCUGUAUGUGAUAGCCGGUCGUAUUUAUAUUUGGCGAAGUUUGUGUGAAUAUUGUCAGUUGAAUGCUGUUGACGAAGCGGAUCGCUUUGAUUCUUUGCAUGCUUUGCUUCCAAAUAUGGUUGAUUUCGUCGACUUUCUUUACAGUAGUUUGGCUACAUGGACUGCCUCUGCAAAUUCAGUGCAAGGAGUUCUCGAGGAGUGCAUCAUCUUUCAAUUAUGCUUGUUGACACGGUCGUUUGAUCAAACGGAUCGAGUUGGAAUGAAAAAAUGGCAAAAUACGCUGGAAACAAUCAUCUCGACAAGAGAUUUGCCAAACUCGGAAAAAGUUCUGGAAUUCGCAGUGUAUGAAUUAUUUGAUUUAUUCUAUGCAAAGGAAAAGAACGUAGAGGAAUUUCUUGAAUGGUGCUGUUAUCGUAUAAAUAGUUUUUUCACACCUGAUCUAAAUGAAACUGAAGAACUGCCACUCGCCAGAGCUUUGCUGGCUAAGCUUGGCGUAGAAUAUGCCAUGUCAUGUGGGUCAGUUAUAGAGAACGACAGCAGUUAUGAGCCAAAAAGUCACAACAUACAACGUGCUUUGCUGUUGCUCCGUGCUAUAAUGCGAAAUUCUUCUACUGCCAAAGUUACUACCUUUUUGCGAACUGCAUUUGAUCAAGUGGUAGACACGCACUGCACAACUCUGGAUCCAAUGAUUUGGACUUCGCUUUCUGAAGUAAUUGGUAUUGGUAUAACAAUUGAUGGACAGAUUGCCCGUGAACGAAUUCAUGUGCUACGUUCUGCCAUUGAAGUCGAAGGAGCACCUACACGUGUUAAGGCAUUGGCUCUUACGUCCAUAGCUGCAUGUGCGAUUUUGAGAAGUUAUACAACAACUGCUCAGCUGUAUUAUCCGGAAAUUGUAGACAAUUGUAUUGUGAAGGGGCAAAUGCUUUUACAAGUUUUUGAAGGAUUUAUAUUUAGUGAGGAUGAUGAACUCUCUUUUGCGGCGGUUGAAAGUAUUGGCAAAAUACUUUAUUAUAGAUGCCUUCGCUUCCCAUCUGCAUUGGCUGGCCUGCUUUUACGAUAUUUCGAUAGCUCAUGCCAACCAUAUCCAUAUACUUUCCUGAAUUAUUUUUUCAGUUUCUAUCCCGCAUCGAGCAGAUCAGUAUCGGAAGGUUAUAAGUUCUGUGUCAAUCAGCACAAGCUAAUCGGCGCAUUAAGACAUGCACUAAAAGUAUUAAAUGAAGCGCAAGAUGAUGGCAAACUAUCAGUGAAUGUUGAUGCAAGCGGAAUGAUCAACUUUGUGGCUAAGACAGUCAAAAAAUCAAUGCUUUCAAACUCUGCUAAGAAAGAAAAUUUGGAGCGAGUAGGAAUGACCUAUCCUCCGCAAUUCUUUCUGAUCAGUUACUUGCUAGAUUGGACUAUCAAUAAUGCCGAGGGUGAUUUGAGUGUAGCUUGUGUAGGAGCACUCGCAUACACUUCACCAGAGGAAUUUAGUCACAACAACAAGGCAUAUUCUCAUCUACUCAAGUUGACCACCCGAUGUAUCAAUGUAUUAUUUACACUUGAACUUGAUAAAUUGAUACCAAUAAUUCGACGAUUUGAAAGACGGCUUAAGCACAUAGAAUGA